GAUGAUAACAAAAUAGCGUCGAGCCAUCUUAUGCCUGGAAGAAUGGGCAGGAGAAAGGAGAAGACCGAGUCUUCGUUAGCGACCUUGGCAGAAAAGGCCACGAAGAAGGCAGAGAUUGUGGCAUCACAUCUCCACGUAUCAUUUAGCCCACUUCUUGGAUCUUUGGCGUUGGCUGGCCUUGCAUUACUCCUUACGGCGGGGUUGCUCGACGGCCUUGGCAUCAACAUCCCAGGCAAUGGGUUGCGGUGGCUGUUUUGGGCGGGUGGCGUGGCGGUGGGCAUCCUGGUUUGGAGCGUCCUCACCGACGUGGCGGUCACUUACCUGGAGUUGCGGUUCUUCCUGCGGCUGGUGAUGCUUCCCUCCUCCCACCUGAUGAUCAAGUGGUGGCUCAACUCGGUGUCGGACUAUGUCGUGUUCACGGAACUGUUCAAGGCAGCCACCGUGAAUGGGGUGCCGCCGCAGCCGCACAACUCCGCUGAGAACUGGGUGGAGCGGCUGCUGCUGUGCUGGCUGCUGUUCAUGUGCGUGUGUGUGCUGGUGAUGCUGGUGGCCAACGGGGUGGUGCUGUCGCUCUACUCGGAGAACAGCCGGGCCAAGAUCAUCUCAGCGCUGCAGCAUGAAUACGUCAUGUACCGCCUGAUUCGGGACCGCAUCCGGGCGGAGGACGACUACCUAGAUGCCAUGUACGGCAGCUCGGCGGACGGCACACACCACAGUCACAGCCACAGCCAACACCACCACAAGCACCACUGGCACAGCCCCGCCAACGCGCCACGGCACGCGGGCACCGGCGUUGGCGGUAGCGGCGAUGCGCCUCCAAAGCCUGGGCUCUCGCCGUUCGCUCGGCGGCAGCAGGUCAAGCGGCAUCGAACGCUGCUUUUAGUGUCAAAGCGCAGCAUGGAAAAGAACGCCGCGGGCCGGGGCGUGCUGGGCGAAGACGACCUGCCACCGGCUGAGCAGCUGGCGCAGGGCCUGUUUGCGGCAGACGCCGACGGCGCCUGCGGCGGCAAGGGCGCGGGUGCUGCGGAUACAUGGGCAGCAGCGGCACAAGAUGCAGCAGGCUCUCCAAUAAAAAUGUGCGCUGGCAGCGGCACGGCGGCGGCCAAGGCGGUCGCAGAUGCCUUCGUGCCGCCACGUAGAUCGGAAAAUGGCGUUGGCAUUGUCCUCGGCAGCGACAGGGUUGACGGCGCAGCCGCAGACGGGAUGGAAGUGACGCGCUCCGGGAACACCAAGGCAGUCGCGUUCGCAGAGAAGGGCGGUCCUGGCGAUGGCGGUGACUCAGGUGGCGUGGAGGAGGGCCGUGGCGGCAGGCUCCGUAUGGGCGUGCAUGCCGUGCUGGGCGCAGUGUUUGGUAAGGGCCAUGGCAACCCCCAGCACUCGCAGCAGCCACAGCAGUCGCAUCAGCCACAGCAGCCGCACCCCACCCGGCGCCGGCCCAUACCUGGUUCCAGUAGUACGAGCCACCUCGACCGCCUGGGUGUGGCGGCCGCGACCGCGGGUGCGGUGGCCACGCCACCGGCGGCUACGCCGGCGGCUCCGGGGAUGUCACCGUUCGCCCGUGCCGCCGCCGCAACGGUGGCAGCGGGGGCGGUUGGCGAGACCGCCAGUCGGGGCGGCGGGCCGCGGCGUGGCGGGCUGAAGGCGGCUCACCGGCGAACGCACAGCGCGCAGGAGGACACGCCCGCGAAGGCUGCAGCUGCUGGUCCUGCACGGUCCGUGGCCGUGGUGGCCUCGUCGGCGUCGGCGGGGCAAGGCGCCGGCGCCGGUGCCUGCGCUCUGGGGCAGGCAGGUGUGCCGGCGCCAGCUGUCGCAGUGGGCGGGCCUGGCGGCGGCACUGCCUCGUCAGCACCGUCGUCUCAAGCCAUAGCUGAGCCCCUGCUGCCUUCAAGAGCGGGGGCCCCGGCGCCCGCGGCCCCGCAGCCCACGGCCCAGGCAGGCCCAAGCAGCAGGCCCGGGACCGGCGGCGGGCUGGGCGCAGCAGGAGCCGUGGCCGGCAGCCGCAAGAGCUUGCCGCAAGGCGGCGUGGGCGGGGUGGGGGACGGGCCGGGGCCUGCGGGCGCGCGCCAGCCGUGUGCGGCUGUGCUGCCGCCGUCCGCGAGGGAGGUCGGCGAGGAGGCGGGCCGGGUGGGUGACGACGAGGGCGGCGUGGACACAGACACAGACGGGGACACGGAUGCAGACACGUUCGUGGAGGGCGACUCCGGCGCUGGGCUCUACGGCGCGGGCGCGGGCGCCAGCACAGCACGCAGCAGCAGCCGCGACACGCCCGGCCGCAGGGGUCUGGGCCACGGCGGCAGCCGCAACGCGGUGGGUGACUGCAGCACCGCCUCGCUGUUGGACCUGGGCGUGCCCAUCACCAGCGGCGGCCCUGGCGGCGGCGGUGGCGAUACGGUGGUAUGUGAUGGCCGCGAGGCGUCGCUGGCAGCAUCGCAGCUGACGGCAGCGGACUCGCAGGCCGGAGGCGGCCUCGGCGGCGGCGGCGGCGGCGGCGGCUACAGCAGUGCCGGCGGCUACAGCAGCGCCGGCGUGGGCAGCUGUUCCGGGGAGGGGCUGGGGCGGCAGCGGCGGCGUUCCAGCGCCAGCAGCGCUGCCUCGCUGCAGCACGCGCUGAGCAGCCUGCGGGAGUCGGACCUGCUGCACGUGCGCCGUACCCUCCUCGCGGCGCUGGAGGUGUUUGCCUGGCUGAGGGAGCGACAGCGCAACCCGCCCAACGCCGUCACCAUGCCUAACUGCACCAGCUACGGCUACGGCUUCGACGGCCCCAGCGGCGGCAAAGCCGCCACCGGCGUGCGCACCAGCAACCAGAGCGAGCUGCUCAGCCGCGGCAACACGCGCGGCAGCAGCCUCACCGGCGCCGGCGAGAGCGCCGUGCACCUCGCCGGCUUCGCCAAGCAGCAGCAACGCGUGUCGAUGACUGGCGGUGGCGGCGGCGGCGGCGGUUUCAGUGGCGGGCGGUCCAGUGCGGUGCGGCAGCGGCUGCACGCGAUCCGUGAGUCACGCUUCCGCGAGAUGGUCAACCCGCGCGCGCUGCUGGAUGAGGUGCUGGCGCUGCUGGGCCAGCUGUCGGACUCGGACAUACCCGCGCUGGCCAAGUGCUUCGCGGAGGCGGUGUGGGAGUGCGUGGCCCCGGACGGAGACGCCAUGCAGCCCACGGACUUCCUGCACAUCUUCCCUCGCGAGCGCGACCGCCAGACCGCAUGGGAGGCGCUGGACACAAACAAGGACGGCCUGUUGACGUUUGACGAGGUGACUGCGGCCGUGACGACCUUCCUGCAGCAGGAGCGCUCCAUGGCGCUGACGGUGCAGGCGGUGCGUCGGCUUACGCGCUCGCUGCAGAGCAGCUUCAUCGGCAUCAUCAACGGCAUCUUCUUGCCGGUGGUGUACCUGGUGAUCCUGGACGUGGCGCGGUUCUUCAACGGCGGCGGCGGCAGCACCAAAAACACGCUGGACAUAUUCACCGCCUAUGUGGUGGUGGUUUCACUCAUAUUCAGCGAGCAGAUCAGGAACGUGCUGACGGGCUGCGUACUGAUCUUGGUUCAGCAGGCCUUCGACGUGGGCGAAGAGCUGGUGAUUGAGGAGGCUCCCGGCUGGCGCGUGAUGGGCAUCGUGCAGGACUUCAAUCUGUUCUACCUGCGCGUCAAGAAAAGCACCGACGGCGAGCUCGUCACACUGCCGCUAACCCGCCUCGUGUCCUCGCGAUUCACCAACCUGUCCAGGUCGGACUGGAAGAUUGAGCAAAACUACAUCGCCGUGGACCUAUCCACGCCGCCCUCCAUCCUGACUGCGCUCACCGACGCGGCGCUGGAGGUGAUCCGCGCCACCCCGGGCGAGUAUGACGCCGGCUACGGCUUCCUGGCUGUGUUCCAUGGCAUUGAGCGCCCCAACAAGGUCAUCAUCCGCACCUUCCACAGGUACAAGUUCAACCUGUCAGCGGCGCACAAGCGCAUCGCCAACGCGCGCCACGGCAUCAUGCGGGCCAUACGCCAGACCAUGGACAAGUACGGUGUGGAGUACACAGAGCUGCGCAUGCACACGCCCAUGGACUACCCAAUGCCCUACCCGCUGGGAGCCACCGCCGCGGCAGACGCGGCGGCGGCGGCGGCACGCGAGGCCGCCGCCAACAGCGACCUGCCGCCAGCCGCCGGGAUGGCGGCGCCGACCCACAUGGCCCAGGCGCCGCCACUCGGAGUGUACGGCACCCCGUACCAGUCGUACCAUCACGUACCCGCCACGGUCGGUGCUGCGUACGGCAUGGCUGCGGGCGCGGGCAUGGGCACGGGCAUGGGCGGACAGGGAGUGCAGCCAGUGGGCAGCAUGUCGGUGCCGGUGCCGGUGCCCGGUGCGGCCAUGGCGGCGGCGCCGGGCGCUGCGGCGCCUGCGGCGCUGUUUGGGUCACUGCCGUCACCUGCGGCCGGCUGGUUUGCGGGCGGCGGCAGUGUGGCGGGCGGCUUUGGCGGCGCGCCAGCGCCCCGAUAGGCGCGCAGUGGGAUGCUGCCGCGCAACUGUUUUGUAGUCCGGCACCGCUGGUGCUGAAUUGCAGACGCCCUGCAACUUUUACAUUGGAUUUAUUUAUCGUACCUGGUACAUGUGCUGGCAUUAGGCAUAUCGUACGCCAGCUGUGCAUGCAGUCAAGGUGCGCAACAUUUGCGAAGGGUCCAUGGGUACUCAGGGGCACUCACGAUGGCAGGCCGUGCGCAUGCACCACGUACAGCGUGAUGGCUUUCCCCGCUGCAACUGUGGGGUAGAUGGGAAUAAUCUGCAUCCGAAUCAACAGCCGCGAUGUCCGGGAGGCCGAGUGGUGUCGUGCGUUCCCCCUUUCGACUGUAGGCACGAGACCUCUGACUUUCAGGCCUCAGCUGCCAAUCCGAUUUUGUUGCUCUGAUAAGAGCGGGAUUGGAAGUAAGCUGGCCCGGGGGCGGGGAUUACAGGCUUACAUGCACCAUUUUAGUCAGGUAUGAUGGAGGGACAUGGAGCUUGAAGAGUGGAGUGAGAGGUGGUUAUGAGUGCGUGCAUUGCGCCAUGUGUGGAACGAGAGUUUUAGGUAGGCGUGCAUAGGCUCCUAUGAGGGUAGUCAGGUUACGCGCGGUACAAUGUGGGUACACGUAUGCCAGCGCAUACGUGGGUGACAACAGCGUGCGGCUACAACAAUAUGCAAUUACUACGCACGGUAGGUGGCCAUGGAUGCGAUACUGCGAAGGAGCUGCGUUGGCACUGCAGGGCAGUGGAAGGCGUGGUGCCAGCCCCGCGCUGCAGCGGCAAGGCACCGCCGAAGCUUCUAGGAGGUUUGGCAAUUGGGCCGUUUGGAAACGAUGGACACAGACAUCAGGGACACACAUGUAUUCAUGUAAACGGGACGCUGA